AUGGCUCACCGUGGGAAGUCUACUCCGAAGUAUAUUGGCAGGCUUUUUAUAAGCCAUUUGGGCAUACUUGAUGGAUUUGCAUCACAAAAUGUCAAAGAUACAAUGAAGCCUAUGUUUGGCAUCAAGAUGGAUUACACUACUUCAUACAGAUCUUUGAUAUAUGCCCAACAAUUGGUGAGUAAAACCGCUGGAGAUGGAUAUGCGAGUUUUCCAGCUUACCUACAUUCAAUUAACAAUGCAUAUCCGGGAACUUUAUCAGCUCUUCAUGUUGGUUCAAAUAAUAAAUUCAAAUACCUAUUUCUGGCCUUUAGAGCAUCGAUUGCUGGUUUUCAGUACAUGAGAAGAGUUAUUGUGGUGGAUGGAUGUCAUAUAACUGGGAAAUACAAAGGAUUUUUGUUAGUGGCAACCGCACAAGAUGGUAAUUUUCAGAUAUUUUCGCUGGCCUUUGGAAUUGUUGAUGCUGAAGAUUUUUUUUCAAAACUGCGUGAAUGUGUUUCAGAUGAUUAUCCUUUGGUGAUAGUUUCUGACAGGCAUACUUCUAUUAAGAAUGCAUGUCAAACUGUUUUCCCAUGGGCAAAAAAAGGGAUAUGUUAUUAUCAUCUACAACAUAACAUAGUAACAAAGUUGAAAGGAAAGCAGUUGCUGUACUUGGUCAAACGUGUUGCUUAUGCAUACAACCUCUAUGACUACAACCGGUACAUGGCGGAGUUAUGGCAUAUCAGGCCUGCUGAUCUUGCUGACUAUUUGGAAGAAGCCGAUGUGAAGCUUUGGUACCGAGUUCAUUUUGUUGGAGACAGAUACAAUAUUAAGACUAGGAAUAUUGUUGAAUCUAUAAAUUCUGCACUUAAGAAAACCCGAGGUUAUCCCAUAUCAUUUCUCUUUGAGUUCAUACAAUAG